AAAAGUUAGUGCUCAAAAGCUUCCUCUCCACUACUGAAUGUUGCCAACUUUUGGUUGCUAGCGCCCUUUCGACAUCAUCAACCAUCCACCUUGCCAUGAGCUGGCACCAUGCGCGUCCCUGAGUUGAGCGCACAAAGCAGGAAGCAACUGAAAGGAGGCCUGAAAAAGGGGAUGAAAGAAGAUUUGCGCAGAUGCCAGCGCUCAAGUUCCCAGCAGGGAUGCCAGCACACCAGUUGUGAGGCAGCGGGGUGCCUGCUGGUGCCCGGUGCAGCGCUGCUACUGGUGGUGCUGCAGCUAGCGCUGCUGCUGGACCUGGCAGCAACAGGGUCUGCUGCUGCUGCUGCGCUGAUUGAUGCGCCCCCCGUGCCUGAUGUUGUGUGCGAUGCGGAGGGUGCGGCGUGCGUCCACCUUGAGCCAGACGCACCACCAGUAAUCACGGAGCGGGAUCUAGGGAUUGGCCUGUUCUCGCCAGUCAAGGGAAGCGCUGUUAACUCACCAGACAAGAAGCAAGAAACCGUAACUGGGAUCCAGUCUGGGGAGCGAGAGGCGCGGUCAGAACAGGGAGGGGGAGAUGAGGUUUUAGUUAGUGGCGACAGCAAUGAUGAACGAAGUAGCGGAAGCCAGGGUGAAACUGGUGGAGAAAGGGCACCGCAGGACGCUGUGGAUGGCGACGCAUCGCCAUCAGAUCCUGACGUGGAUGCAGACCGCGCUCAAGUGCAGCUUGUAGAAGCAGAAAAGAGUGAAGAAGCGAACGAUGCUUUUUGCGCGGGGCGGAAGGACUCUGGCCGCGGUCAGUGCCAGUGGGAAGGGGAUGCGCUGCGCUUCCCAGGCUGGGAGGGAGACGGAUGGGCCUUGCUGUGCACGUUGGUACCGGAGUCAGAGCUUCGCAGGAUGGCGGAGCUGACCCCUGGUGACGACUCUGCGGAAGAUGCCCCUCGGACGCUCUCAGACCCCCCUCCCGGGCAAGAGCUGCAGGUUCUCGACACAGCCCCCAGCACGCGGCCUCCCCGGGUGGCCCCCAUUGGGCUGGACGAGUACCGGAAGGCCGCGCUCCAGCAGCAAGAGCAGGCUCCGAACGCGUCGGAGGCUGCCCCAGGGGGGGCGCCCCCGGCGCAGAAGCGCGUGCAUCCUGAAGGGCCGCGAUUCAACUAUGCAUCUGUGACGGCGGGUGCAAAGGUGGUUGCUGCGAACAAGGAAGCAAAGGGGCAAGGCAACGUGUUGGACGAAGACAAGGACAAGUAUUUGCGCAACCCGUGCAGCGUGGAUGACCAGUGGGUGGUCAUCGAGCUCACGCAGGACACGCGCAUUGAUACGGUCGUGCUCAGCAACUACGAGUUCUACGCCAGCGGGCCCAAGAACUUCUCGCUGUCUGGCUCGCAGACAUACCCGAACGACGGGGCGUGGACCCCCCUGGGGGAGUUCACCGCGCAGAAUGUGCGCACGCCGCAGAGCUUCGAGCUGUCGGAAAACGCGCAGAGCGCCUGGGUGCGGUACCUGCUGGUCAAGUUGUUGAGCCACUACGGGGCCGAGUUCUACUGUACCCUCAGCCUGGUACGAGUCCAUGGAACGGAUGCGCUGGAGAGUUUCCGGGAGGAGCUUGUUGAAGCGAUGCGGGAGGCGGGGACCGAUGCGCCGGUCGGGAUCGAGGGCGGUGCGGAGACCGGCCAAGGGGCGGCCAAUCAGGGAAGCGGUCUGGCUGAAGAGAUGGCCGCUUUAGUUGGCGGGGAAACCGAGAGGAAUAAAGCAGAAGGGGGGCUAUCGGGAGAAGACGAAGUAGAUGAACUUUUGCGUUCGCCAGCGGAGCUGGAUGCCGCGCAGACAAAAGAGGGGCUUGCGAGACACGGGGAGGCGUCAGUGAGGGAGGAAGGAGAGAGCGGCGCAAAGAGUUGGGGCGUCAGGGUGGCGGAGAAGGCGGCCGCUGUCGUAGACGCCGGCGCCACGAAAGACGGGUGUGAAGUACUAGAGGAGAUUGCCAGCAGGAGGAGUUCCACUGAUCGGGGCAAUAGCACUAUUGAAAGCAGUCCACAGGCCAGCACGGCUGCUUCCGACAAGGUGAAUACAACGACUUCCCCACCGACCGCACGUGAAACGAAAGAGGCGAAUGCAAACAGAACGGAAGAUACUCAGACGCCCUCAAACGCAACGGACGAUACUGCCAGGCUAGGGAACGGGGAUGCAACGUCUUCAACGACGCCAGGGACCGCAAAUCAGACGGCGGCCGCUGCCGCCUCGCUGACGUCAGCCUCGGGGGCCCCGACGUCAACAAGCGGGCCGGCCACGGGAACCGGGUGGCGGGGCGGUGCGGGGAGCACGAACGGGCGGCAGGGGGGCGACUUCGUCCUGAGAGUGUUGCUGCAGCGGCUGAAGGGGCUGGAGGUGAACGCGAGCUUGUUCGAGGGGUAUGUGGCCGAGACGCACCAGCAGUUCUCGCACUCGCUCAACGACCUGGACGCGGACAUCGAGGCGCUCGCGAGCCGGCUGAAUGCGACGACGGCAAUGGCCGCCAAGAUGUGGGCACGCCUGCACGCAGUGGACGAGGCCCGGAUCCGCGCCCUUGAAAGCAGGGACGACCUCUUGGUGACGCAGGUCGCAGAGCUGACCACCACAAUCGCGCAACUGAGGCAAAGUUUGUCCGAGCUGGUGUUCGCCUUUCUGUGUUUGUCGUGUUUAACGGUCAUGCUACUUGUAGCUCAAUGUUGUCGCCGUCGAACCAAACAGGACUGAUCGAGAUCAGACAGAGAUCAUGUUAUCGUUCGACGUAAGCCUAUCGCAAGGAG